AUGCAAGCCGCACACUUCAUCCCUUCCCACCUGCGCAGUGUCGUUGCGCAAGUCACUUCCGCUGCGUCCCCUAGGGAGGAUGCCGAGGCCCAAGCGUACUUCGGCCGACGCAGCAGAGCGGCUUCGGGAGACAAUACGCUUCGCAGCGAUGAUGUGGCGACUUUUGCACGUUCCUGCACCGGAGAGACUCAAACUCCCGCCAACCGCGCGUACCUCAUUCCGCCACACACAUGCUUUGCAAGCCACUGGGCGAUGCGAUUUCAUUUGUGGUCGGCUUCCGAAGGCCUCGCAGCCAACGUCGCGAAUGCAGCUCGAUUCGGCUCGACCUUGAGCCCACUCGAAUCGUCCGGCUCAACGCCUUGGAAUGAGCCGGAGUUUCAGAGCUUCACCAUGAGAGCGGCGGGGAUCAACCUCGAGCUAGAUGUCAGCGAGCAAGCUGAGCACCUGCUCCAUCAUCUCGUCAGUCUCGAUGUGGUUGCUCCACGUGAUGCCCUAAGGACAAGGUCCAUCUGA